AUGGCGCUGGAUAGGUUUAUUCCCAACCGAUCUGCAAUGGAUUUUGAUUUUGCACAUUACAUGCUCAACGGUGGGAUGUGUCCAGAAAGGAUUCUUGUUGUUUCUGAGCUCCUAGAUGAGUUUUAUUUGAAUUUACUGGAUUGGAGUAGCAGUAACAUUGUCGCUAUCGCUCUUGGGAAUUCAGUAUAUUUGUGGAAUGCUGCUAAUGGCGCUACUUCUGCACUUGUUGUGAUUGAUGAGGAAAUUGGGCAUGUGACAAGUGUCAGAUGGGCGCCGGAUGGAGUACAUCUUGCUGUUGGUUUAAGUAAUUCCCACAUCCAGCUGUUGGACCCUUCAUCUUGUCGGAUGCUACUUGCUUGGAUUUUGUACCAUGGACAAUGAGGUGAUUUUUUGACAAGUGCAGACUGAAACUCAAGUGCUAGAAGGUUUAUAAAUUUGGUAAAUAGCAGUGCUAGGAAAUUGAUGAUAUUCUUGACAAAUGGAUUUUGUUCCUGUUUUGGAACAUUGA